AUGGAAUAUCCUGAGCAAAUCGCUGUAGAGAGUAAAGAUAAUCUGGAGCUUAUGAAGGCCGGAAGUGUCCUAAAAAAAGCAACAUCUCGCAUGUGGAGAGGACAACGGCACUACAAACUGCUGGAGGACUGCAAAACUAUCAUGUACAAAUCCAACUGGGCCGUGUACUCGUAUUCAACCUUCUCUGUAGGUGAUGUAGAGGCAGUGCAAGAAGGCCACGUGUCACACGCGUUCCUCUGUAUGGCAGAUGAAUUUCCUCCAGAACGCUGCUUUACGCUGGUGUUCCGUGGCCGCCGGGCGAACUUGGACCUCGUGGCCGAGUCAGCCGUGGAGGCUCAGGCGUGGGUUCGGGGCAUGCGGACCCUCAUAGAGAACUUGCAGAACAUGGAUGAGAGUGAAAAACUUGACCAAUGGAUCUCUGAUUUGUUUAUGACAGCGGACAGAAAUAAUGACGGCCGAAUCAGCUUUAAGGAGGUUCAAAGGCUGUUGAAAAUUAUGAACAUAGAGAUGAAUGAGCAGCAUGCAAGUGAUCUUUUCACUAAGGCUGACGUGAGCAUGACGGACAUGCUGGAUGCCGAAGAGUUCGUCCACUUCUAUAAGAUGCUCACCCUGAGGACAGAUGUUUUGGAGCUGUUCCAUGAGUACUCCAGUGAUGGACAGACGCUCUCGCACUGCGACCUGGAGGAGUUCCUGCGAGUGGAGCAGCUGAUGGGAGAGAGGAGUAAUGAGCUUGCACUCGAUCUGAUCCACCGAUAUGAGCCUUCAGAUACUGCCAAAUCCCACCAUGUCAUGUCACUUGAUGGUUUUUUGAUGUUCCUGACCUCUGCUGAAGGCUCCAUCUUUAACCCAGGCGUCCAGGGUCUCUAUCAGGACAUGACACAGCCUCUAAACCACUACUUCAUCUCCUCCUCACACAACACGUACCUUCUCGAUGACCAGUUGAAAGGAAGGAGCAGCGUAGAAGCCUAUAUUAAGGCUCUGAAGCGUGGGUGUCGCUGUUUGGAGGUGGACUGCUGGGACGGCUCAAACGGAGAACCUGUUGUUUACCAUGGACACACCUUUACAUCCAAGAUUCUCUUUAAAGAUGUGAUUUCUACUGUGGCAAAAUACGCAUUUCAGGCAUCGGAAUACCCGCUCAUCCUGUCUAUCGAGAAUCAUUGUAGUGUAGAGCAACAGAUCAUCAUGGCUCAGCUUUUAAAGGAUAUCCUUGGUGACAUGCUGCUGACGACUACAAUAGAUGGAAAGACCACCGACGAGCUUCCAUCUCCUGAGGAACUUAAAGGGAAAAUCUUGAUAAAAGGAAAGAAGACCGGAGGGCUGGAUGAGCUUUCAGAUGUCAACAAUCCAGACAGCAGUGAAUUAAGUGAUGAAGACAAACCUGUAGACACAGAGAGUACGGCCAAGGAGAGCCAGAAAUCAAAGCAAAGCCUCUCCCAGGAGCUCUCAGACCUGGUCGUAUACUGCAGAAGUGUACAUUUUAACAGCUUUGAACACUCACACACUCAUAACAAGCCUUAUGAGAUGUCGUCCUUUUCUGAGUCCAAAGCCCGCAAACUUAUAAAAGAAGCAGGAGCUGAUUUUAUUCGGCAUAACAAAAGGCAGCUAAGCAGACUUUACCCCAGUGGCCUGAGGACAGACUCGUCAAACUACUGCCCCCAAGACUUCUGGAACGUGGGAUGCCAAAUUGUGGCUUUAAAUUUCCAGACGGCAGGAAUGGAGAUGGAUCUUAACGAUGGACUCUUUAGUCAGAAUAACCGCUGUGGAUAUGUUCUCAAACCUGAGAUCCUGUGCAAGACUGAGCUGCGGUUUGAUCCAGAGAGACCCAUCAGUCACAGUGACUACUGUCCUCUUGACCUCACCAUACAGGUAAUAAGUGGACAACAGCUUCCUAAAGUGAGCAAAAAAGAAUGCUCAAUCGUUGACCCACUGGUAAGAGUGGAAAUCUACGGUGUACCCCAGGACCAAACCCAAAAAGAGACCAAAUACAUAGAGAACAAUGGAUUCAACCCACACUGGAACGAAACGCUGCACUUUGUGAUUCACGCCCCUGAGCUUGCCAUGCUGCGCUUUGUUGUGGAAGAUUACGACAAGGCGAGCAGGAAUGAUUUUAUCGGGCAGUACACGAUUCCUUUUACCUGCAUUCAGCCAGGGUAUCGUCACGUCCAUCUUCUAUCAAGAGACGGCACGAAUAUUCGUCCAUCAUCGCUGUUUGUGAACAUUAAAAUAAAAGAACUUUCCUCAGCAGUAUGAAAAAGUCAGUUACAACUGUGUGCCUUCGUAGUAAGAGUGCAGGUGUAAGACUGACCUGUCUCUUAUUGAAAACAAUAUAUAUACUGUAUAUGUAUGUAUAUGUAUAUUAUCUGUUUAACUGUAAUAAACAGACUGUAGAGCAGCAUUUGUGUAUCAAAAAUAUGAAAAUUCCAAUACAACAACUACAACGAUUGGUGUCCUUAAUUUUUUGGCAUGUUUUUGGAAUGUGUUGUAGGUAUCAAAUGUAGAAUAAAUGGGUAUAUAUACAAAAACUUACUUAAAACAUUUUUGUUCUUCAACUGACGGUCUUUUUUAUUAAGGUAUAUUAAAUAAAGAGUAUAUAAAGUAUAUAAAAUGAAGUUUGGCUCCUUUGGCUUCUCCGGUUUCCGGUCCGUCAGUGUGAUUGUGUGUGUGUGUGUGUGUGUGUCCUGUGAUGGACUAGCGACUGUCCAGAGCGUUUUCUACCUUUUGCC